AUGGCCUUCUUGAUGCGGCGGCCUUUCGCCGUCACCAACGCGCUCGUCAAAGAGCUGCCCAAGUCCACCUCUCGAAGCGUCUUCCGAUCAUUCCAAACCCAAGCCCAGCAACCCGUCAAGCAGUCCGUCUUCAAACAGUCGACGCCCCUACGAUCGACCUUCGCAUCGAACCAGCAGAAUGUCUUCCGUCAAGCCUUCCGAUCAUCACAGCGAUCAUACCAGACCUCCGCGCCGCAGAACCCGCUCGCGCAGGGCAACAUCACACAACGCUUGAUCUACGGCGGUGCCAUCUUCGGCGGCACCCUCCUCGCCAUCAACCUCCUCUUCAACCGCGAAACCCGCGAAGAUGGCGGCAUGCCUCCAUACGAACGAUCCUACCUGAACGAUACUUUCCUGCACACCGGCCUGGGAAUCGGCAUCAUCGGCAUCGCCGCCCGCGCUCUGCAUGUGAACGGCUGGUCUUAUCGCCUCAUGUCCGCAAACCCAUGGCUCGUGCUAGGUAUCGGUCUUGUUGGAUCUCUCGGAACGAUGAUGGGAUGCCACGCGACGCCGCCAGAGAACUACGUCUUGAAGUACGGCUUGUGGGCGGGAUUCAACGUUACCCAAGCGGCUCUGCUGUCUCCGCUCCUGUUCUUCUCGCCAGCCAUCCUCGCCCGCGCGGGUCUUUACACUGUUGGUAUGAUGGGUAGCAUUGCUUUCGUUGGCGCUACGGCCAAGCAAGAGAAGUACCUUUACAUCGGUGGACCGCUCCUUGCGGGUGUUGCUAUUGUUGCUUUGUCAGGACUUGCACCGCUUGUCUUGCCUGCGACAGCGACCAGGGCACUGAUGUGGACUGAGAAUAUCUGGCUUUACGGAGGAUUGGCUGUCUUCGGCGGCUUUACCCUCUACGAUACGCAAAAGAUCCUCGCCCACGCCCGCAUGGCCGAACGCGGCAUGUUCAGACGCGACGCCGUCAACGAAUCCAUCUCCCUCGAGCUUGAUUUCAUCAACAUCUUCGUUCGCAUGGUCCAGAUCUUGGCCAUGCAGCAGAGGAGAAAGUAA